AAGAAGAGGAUGAGUAAAAAAGUGGAGGGUCAUGCUGUGUGCAUUCCAGUUCCACUUCAAAGCCAUGUAAGCGCAAUGCUAAGUGUUGCAAAGCUUCUUCACCAAAGAGGUUUUUUCAUAACUUUAGUUAUCACAAAAUAUACACAUAAACGCAUUAUAAGGUCUCGUGGGCCUUCUUCUCUCGAUGGUAUGCUUAAUUUUCAGUUCAAAACCAUUUGGAAUUAUUGUGUGGAACCAAUUGAUGCUCCACAAAAUUUGCCUUCUCUUUGUGACUCAAUUUCUAAUGACUUUUUAUCCCCAUUUUGUGACUUGCUUUCUCAACUCAAAAGUAAUGACGAAAUUCCUCCAGUUACUUGUAUAAUAGCAGAUGGUUUUAUGUCAUUCUGUAUUGAGGCUGGAUUGGAAUUUAACAUUCCAACUUCACAGUUUUGGCCUAUUAGUGCUUGUAGCUUGCUGGGGUUUUAUCACUUUGAGGAACUUGUGAAACGUGGGGCUGUUCCAUUUAAAGAUGAGAGUUAUUUCAGCAAUGGUUGUAUGGAAACUACAAUAGAUUGGAUUCCAGGGUUGAAAAAUGUGAAAAUCAAGGAUUUACCAAGCUUCAUAAGAACAACUGAUCCAAAUGAUACCUUUCUCAAUUUCUUUAUCCAACAAUUAAAGUGGGCUCCAAAAGCUUCAUGUACCAUAUUAAACACUUUUGAGGCAUUGGACCAUGAUGUUUUGGAAGCACUCUCCCACCUGUUCCCUCCAAUUUACACUAUUGGUCCACUUCACUUAUUUUCAAAACAAAUCAAGGACAAAACUCAAGAGAAAAUAGCCACAAACCAUUGGGAAGAGCAACAAGAAUGCAUUAAUUGGCUUGAUUCCCAACAACCCAACACUGUGAUUUACAUAAAUUUUGGUAGCUUAGCAAUAAUGACACUUGACCAAUGCACUGAGUUUGCUUGGGCGAUUGCAAACAGUGAACAACCCUUUUUAUGGAUCUUAAGACCUGGUGUAGUGGAAGGUAAUUCACCAAAAUUACCUCAUAAUUUUGUUGAGGAAACAAAGGGAAGAGGAAUGAUAGGAAAUUGGUGUUCACAAGUUGAGGUUCUAAAUCAUCCAUCUAUAAAAGGAUUUUUGACACAUAGUGGAUGGAAUUCAACUAUUGAAAGCAUAAGUGCUGGAGUGCCAAUGAUAUCAUGGCCUUUCCUUGGGGACCAACAAACGACAUGUCAUUAUUGUUGCGUGCAUUGGGGGAUUGCAUUGGAAAUACAAAACAAUGUCAAAAGGGAUGAAGUUGAGAGUUGUAUAAAAGAGCUAACAGAAGGAAAUAAUGGGAAAGAAAUGAAAGCAAAAGUGAUGGAGUUGAGAAGAAAAGCUGAGGAAUCCUACACACCUGGUGGCUCUUCAUACCUCAACUUUGAUCGAUUAAUAACUCAACUUCUACUACAAAAUUAAACCAUGUCAUUGUUUGUGAUGUAAAUUAGUUUCUCAAGUCUAUCGUCUGCUAAAUGUUUCUUUAACAAUAUUUAUUAUUAUUAUUAUUAUUAGAAGUAAAUCUAAAGCUUUCUUUAGAUCAUUGAAUGUAGU